CCGUAGGCCGGCUCGGCGGCGGGAAAGGCGCGCGCGGCCGCGGGAUGGAGGAGGCCGCGGCCGAGGAGCAGCAGCGACUGUCCUACCAGCAGAGGCUGAAAGCUGCCGUUCACUACACGGUCGGCUGUCUGUGCCAGGAGGUGGCUGCCGAAAAAGAGAUGCCCUUCAGCAGGCAAACCAUCGCGGCCAUUGCGGAGGUGACUUUCCGGCAGUGCGAAAAUUUUGCCAAAGACCUUGAAAUGUUUGCCAGACAUGCGAGGAGAAGCACAAUUAACGCGGAAGACGUGAAGCUCUUAGCCAGGAGGAGUAAUUCACUGCUAAAAUACAUCACAGAGAAAAGCGACGAAAUUGCUCAGUUUAACCUGGAACAAAAGGCAAAGAAGAGAAAGAAGCCGGAGGCUGGCAGCAGAGUUUCCGAGGCGGCAGGAGUGGAGGAGAGCGAGAGCUGACGCCCAGAGCUGUGGGGGAGCGGCCGGAAGCAGCUGCGGGCCCGGCUGCC